GACGCGCCCUACUACGGCCACGCGGUGACGGCGUUGCCGUUCGCCGGCGGCAAGUACUACCACUGGAGCCCCCGGGGCUUGGCGACGGCGCUCGACCUGCCCGCCGGGACGCUCACGCAGCGGUCGCUUGUGUGGGCCGUCCGGAUGCACCCCGAGGCGCCGCAGAGCACCGGCGGGCGCUUUCAUAACGCGCUAGCGUCGGGCGCCAACGAGCAGGCCGCCUACCAGGCCCGGGUACGCCAGCAGGGCCACCAGAACUUCGGCCGCCGCUUCCAACGCCUCAGCGGCGCCGCCGGCAGCAGCGUCACCGAGGUUUGCGCCGAGAGCUGGCCCGGCCAGACGUUGAUGGAUUCGGUCGUCGAUUGCGUCGACGCCUGGCGCCACUCGUCGGGCCACUGGCGCGGCGUCAGCCGCCCCCACCGCGCCUACGCGUACGACAUCCAACGCGGCGGCAACGGCAUCUGGUACGCCACCGGCCUCUUCGCCGAUUGA